GUUGGCCUGGGAGGUGACGGCGCUGUCUCGCUGUUUGGCAGACGGGAACUUCACGGCGGCUACGGGUGUGGCUUCAAACGUGAUAAAUCUCAACGCGGGGCAAAGAAUGCGUAACAGCAAAACGGAUUAAAACACAAAAAAUACACACAACCAGCAGCGAAGGCAAACAUCCUGUGAAGAAGAAGUAGUGGUGAGUGUGUGUCCGGUACUCCGGCAACAGCGGCGGCGGCAGGAAUCUGUGAGCUCCGUUUUCAACAGCUGGAAUACUUUUUUUUUUUUUUUUUUGCCCAACUUCGUGACUCGUUUUCGUGUCUGUAACCAAAUGUUCCGCUGUAAGGACUAAAGCUAAAAGUCAACUUCCCUCGAAAAAAAGUUUCCUUUCGGUCGCUGGAAAACUUCACUCCCGCAGAAAACAAACAAAUGCAGACCAACUGACUGAAGCAACCGAGCGAGCGUUUGGGAAUUUCGUACGUUAGCUAGAAACCCAAGUUCACAUCGUUGAAGGAAAUAGUUUGUGUUUAUGAUUUUCGAUCCUGAUCUCCGUCACAAGAAAAAGGGGAAGUCGCCUUACUCAACUUCAACUGCAAAGACGAGGGUUUCGGAGCCGUGAAUUGUAAUUAUUUUUUCCCAGGUGAUAUUUUGCCACUAAAGCAGCAGACCUGAAGCGCGCACUGGGAACCAUGGGUUGUACGGUUAGUCAGGAAGACAAAGCCGCGGCCGAGAGGUCUAAAAUGAUUGAUAAAAACCUGCGAGAAGAUGGAGAGAAGGCGGCCAGAGAAGUGAAACUGCUGCUGCUGGGUGCUGGGGAGUCAGGGAAGAGCACCAUUGUGAAGCAGAUGAAGAUUAUUCAUGAGGAUGGAUACUCAGAAGAUGAGUGUAAACAGUACAGAGCAGUUGUCUACAGCAACACAAUCCAGUCCAUUAUGGCCAUCAUCAAAGCUAUGGCCAACCUCAAGAUCGACUACGAGGAAGCUGCUAGAGCGGAUGAUGCCCGUCAACUGUUUGCGCUGUCAGCAGCAGCAGAAGAGCAGGGCAUCCUGCCAGAGGACCUGUCCAACGUCAUCCAGCGACUGUGGGCCGACGGUGGCGUCCAGAGCUGCUUCACACGGGCCCGAGAGUACCAGCUCAAUGACUCUGCAGCCUACUACCUUAAUGAUCUGGAAAGGAUAGCAAAGCCUGACUACAUCCCCACACAGCAGGAUGUACUGCGAACUCGUGUCAAAACCACCGGCAUUGUGGAGACACAUUUCACCUUCAAGGACCUGCACUUCAAGAUGUUUGACGUUGGAGGCCAGCGGUCAGAGAGGAAGAAGUGGAUCCACUGCUUCGAAGGAGUCACAGCCAUCAUCUUCUGUGUUGCCAUGAGCGCCUAUGACCUGGUCCUGGCUGAGGAUGAGGAGAUGAACCGGAUGCAUGAGAGCAUGAAGCUGUUUGACUCCAUCUGCAACAACAAGUGGUUCACAGAGACGUCCAUCAUCCUGUUCCUCAACAAGAAGGACCUGUUUGAGGAGAAGAUCGCCCACAGCCCUCUGACCAUCUGUUUCCCUGAGUACACUGGCCCCAACAAGUACGAGGAGGCUCAGGCUUACAUCCAGACCAAAUUCGAGGACCUGAACAAGAAGAAGGACACCAAGGAAAUCUACACCCACUUCACCUGCGCCACUGACACCAAGAACGUGCAGUUUGUGUUCGAUGCCGUCACCGACGUCAUCAUCAAGAACAACCUGAAGGACUGUGGCCUCUUCUAAAAACAAGUCUGAGAAAGAGUCAAGAUUACUUGAACAGUUCUGAGGACCAUCAAGAUGGGGGAAUAUUCACACAUCAUAAAUGACUGCACUGGCCAACCACAAUAUCUGCUUUGAUCUGCUUUUUAUAAAGACACCUAUGAGACUGAAAACCUGACGAGCCUUGCAGAUUUUCAACGAUUGCUGAUCCAGUUGCUCAUAUCGUUAACUCUUUGGGCUAUGACCACAAAAAUCAACAUUUAUUAUUGUAUUUUUGUUCAUUUUUUUUCUUCUUUAUUUUCAAUUACUAGAGGAGGGAAAGGAAACUUUUUUUUAUAUAAAUGCAUUCAUUUUACUUUUAGAGAUUCUGAUGUGCAAAUUAUUAAACUUUUAAUCAUAUGAAGCUUAUUUUUUAAGAGAUGAAGCACGGGCAUGGACAUAAAAUAUGAUCGAUAAAAGGAAAGUGCUUUUUUUUUUUUUUUUUUUUUUAUAAUGUUUACAUCAGUUCGUCAUUCAUAGCCAAACCGUAUAUUGUUCUGCAUGACUCAACAUUGCAAAUAUUAGCUCUGUAAUCUGCACAAAUUAUCUAACAUUCCUAUAAAAUAAAAGUAAAAAAAAAAAAGUUUAAAAGUUAAAAAAGAAAAAAAUGGCUUCACCUGCAGGGGGAAAUUUUGGCGAAAUUCUAACUGAUAUUUAAAGUAUGUGUGUACCUAACAUUCUAUCACUUUUUAUAGUAUCAUUUCCAUGUCUGUUGCAGUAUGUUUGUGCCUUGACUUCUGUUUACAACCAAUUCCUAGAUAUGCUUUUAGUACUGUUUGACCUACUGUGCGCCUAAAUUUUUUCUUCCAUUUUUCUGCCUAGCACCUAUGAAUAUAUAGUGAUUAUUAAUGAGAGACGAAAAUCUAAUUCAGAAAAAGGUUAGUGUUUUUGGUAAAUAUUAAAAUGCUUUAAAAGUCCUAUAUGAUUUAAUUUAAAUAAAAGUAGACAUCACCUGA